GUGCUUUGUUAAACUUAACUUCAAACUUAAAAAACAGAUUUAUUUUCUACGUAAAUCAUGGGCACAGACAAAAAGAAACCCCCCAAGAAGCCAUCACCCAAAAAGGAACCAAAGAAAAAGGAAAGCCCCACAAAGAGUAAAGACAACAAAAAGAAACUGCCCAGCAAUCCGCUCAUAGCGGCCAUCGAAAAGAAUCUGCUGAAAAUAUGCUACUUUAUAGCCAUCACCGAUCUGAUCCAUGCUCUGUACUUUGCGGUGCAGGCCACCAUGCUGCUGGUGGUGCGGUUUCAUCUCAUUUCCAGCCUGGCCCUAGCUGGCGCUAUAUUCUGGGUGCUGGUUGUCAUUCUGCUGCUUGUGGGUCUGUGGAAGCGUCGUCCUGCGUUUGUUCGUGCCUGGAUCCUGUUCUCUGCCGUGGGUUUCGUUGUGGACAUUUUAUUUCUCAUAUGGGGCAUUACAAGUUCCAUAACUGUGGACUGGGAUCAUCUGCAGGAGUUCACAAUCAUUUUUAUUGGCAUACUUGUGGAAUUUACCUGCCUAUAUUUUAUAUAUCGUUAUUAUUUGUUAAUGGCUGGCACAGGGAAGAAGGGAGCUGAAAAGGGCUGCUGCAAAUCGGGCGGCAGUCAGAAAAGCACCGACAGAAAGAGGAGUGGCAGUGAAAGGAAGAAACCCGAUGACAAAAAGAAAGCACAGGAGAAGAAAGACAAGGAGAAGAAGAAGGCACAGGAGAAGAAGAAAGCGGAGGACAAGAAGAAAGCGGAAGCCAAAAAGAAAGCCAAGAAAUGAUUCGUUGUUCGAUUUUGUACACUUUCCCCACUGUAACUUGCUUGGCUGGCUGU